GGGCUGCCCGUUUUUAUCGGGCCGGUUCACGCUAUUUUAUAAGAAUUAUUGGUUGGUCGCUUCUUGACGUCGUGUCCAUUUUUCUCUCUUAUCGUCAUCCUUUGGCUCUUUUACUUUCUCAUUGAUCAAACUGAUCGUAGCUUCGCCAUUGUUAACCAGAAAUCCAGGCGGUCCAAGUCACAAGUAAUGCUAAGCUGAAAGUAGGUAGUACAUAAAAUUUCCGCCAAUUCACCACUCUCUAUCUGCAUUGGCGUAUCGGACAGCGCUAGGAAAUGGCUAGGGACCCCGAUUACGGAGCUUUCAUGGAGAAGUUCACCGUAACUCCGAGCUCAACUACUCAGAAACUUCCUUUGACUGGGCUCACUUUUGCUGUUAAGGACAUAUUUGAUGUGGAUGGAUAUGUGACUGGGUUUGGAAACCCUGAUUGGGCUAGGACUCAUUCAGCUGCCACAUCAACAGCUUCUGCUGUUUUGGCCGUCUUAGAGGCUGGUGCCGCAUGUGUUGGUAAAACUGUCAUGGAUGAAAUGGCAUACAGUAUAAAUGGAGAAAAUAAACAUUAUGGGACACCUACAAAUCCAUGUGCACGUGAUAGGGUGCCUGGUGGAUCUUCUAGCGGAUCUGCUGUUGCUGUAGGUGCAAAGCUUGUAGAUUUCUCUCUUGGAACUGAUACCGGAGGGAGUGUUAGAAUCCCGGCCUCAUAUUGCGGAAUAUUCGGUUUCCGUCCUUCACAUAAUGCUGUUUCAACUGCUGGAGUUAUUCCUAUGGCACAGAGUUUUGAUACUGUGGGAUGGUUUGCUAGGGAUCCUGAGAUGUUGAGUCGGGUUGGGCGUGUUCUACUGCGGUUGCCUGAUAUGAAUCAUGCCAGUCCUAGUCAGAUAAUCAUUUCAGAAGAUUGUUUCCGGCUAUCAAGCAUCCCAAGUGAUCAAACAGCUCAAGUUCUUGUUAAAUCAGUGGAGAAAUUGUUUGGAGGUCAUGUUAUAAAACACAUAAUCCUUGGGGAUUAUGUUGAAGAUAAUGUUCCAAGUCUGAAGCACUUCAUGAGUAAAGGAAUCCAAGCUCAAGAGUAUAACAUACUAUCCCUUGCAGCCCUUUCAAAUGCCAUGCGGUUGCUUCAGAGGCAUGAAUUCAAGGAUAACCAUGGUGAAUGGGUUACCUCAGUAAAACCUGAUUUUGGUCCAGGCCUAUCAGAACGUAUAUGGGAAGCCGUCAAUCGACAGGAAAAUAUUGAUCUCUGUCAGUCAAUUAAGGCUGAACUACAAUCUGCUCUCAGUGCUUUGCUGGGGGACCACAGCAUUCUAGCCAUCCCUACCGUUCCCGGUCCUCCACCAAAACUACAAACAGACCCAAUCACGUUGGAAAGCUUUCGUGCCAGGGCUUUUAGCUUGCUGUCCAUUGCUGGAGUUUCUGGAUUCUGUCAGGUUACAAUACCUUUAGGGCUGCAUGAGAAUCUUCCGAUUUCGGUUUCAUUGUUGGCUAAACAUGGUUCAGACAGGUUCCUACUCACUUUUGUUGAAACUCUCUACGACACCCUCAAGUCACAGAUUGCAGGCACCGAGUGAUUUAGUUCAGUACCUUCCUUACAUUUCAGAGCAUGUUUGUUCUCGUUAAUAAGUACAUAAUCAAUUAUACAUUACCAGAUUAAUCUUAUUUUAAUUCAAAAUUUGACCAUACUUAAAUUGUCUAAGUUUCAUUUUUUAUUUUAUGAAAUUAAAUUUUCAAUCAAGCUCAAUGUAAGACCAUGUUUAGAACA